GAGUGCGCAAUUCCUCCUGCAGCAGCCUGAGCCUAGCUCAGCUCGCGGAGGAUUGUGUUAUCUCGUUAUUUAGCGUCUUUGUCAUCUGGACACAAAACAAAUCCUGUGAAGCUGUGGCUGGCUGUAUCCUGAGCUGAUGAAUAAAAAAAAAAUAGGCCUAACAAGUUAUUUGGGAGAGAGGUGUUUGAAUGUCAGUAUGGCUGCAACUUCUCUUCUAGAACUGCCAGAUGAGCUUAUUAUUAAGAUCUUGGACUGCCUUGAUAUACAAUGUCUGGUUAGAGGUGUGGCAUGCACUUGCCAAAGGUUGAAUCAGCUCUCGAAUGCAGAGAACCUAUGGAAGAAAUUUUCAGACUUGUACUGGUUGGACAAAGAGAGAAAGCAUUCUUCAGAUUCCUGGAAGGAGAAUUUCCUGGUGUGGCACAGGAAAUGGGGCAAGUACAUAGGUUGUUACGCCAAGGUCAGGUCUGCUUGGAACAAGAUUGAGAGUGCGUUGGAGGCAAGAAGCCCAGGAACAAGAUCAUCUCUCAAAGGACCGAUAGACCAGGGUGAGCUGGAUGCAAUAGAAGCCAUGAUGGAUCGCCCUUUGCCUUUAGAAUUGGCUUGUUCCUAUCUUAUCCAUAAUGGCCAGGAUGUCGUUCCUGGGAGGGGGUCUCUGCUGGGGAACCUAGAGGUCUAUGACCAUCACAGCAUGGAGGUAGCAGUGCCACUGGCAUUCAAUAUCAAGAAUGCCCUGCCAAAAAUAGGUAUGUUAGCAUUGAGUUGGUGCCCCUACACUAACUAUGGUCAGGUUGUGUGCGUGAGUGAGAAAGUGGGUCUGCCUAUGGGAUGUGUCUACUAUCUCACCCAGGUAAGGAGACAGAAGUUUGCAGGUUAUUUUGUCGAGGCAUCAAGCUACAUGGAAUGGUUAGAGAAACUCGCUACCAAGCUUGGAGAUCCAGAACUCGUUGUUUCAUCAUCCAAAAUCACUAGGUUUUACCAUGAACCAACAUGUGUUGCAGUGACGAGAGAUGUGAAGGUUACCGUAGCAACAUCAUUUGUACCAAGUCUCAGUCACAUCUGGAAGAACAAUAACAUGAGGACUCUGUUUGCAUAUCAGAUCUCCAUGACGAUGGAUGAAAACGUACCAGCCGACAGAUCAUGUAGAUUACUGAGCCGCCAUUGGGAGAUCACAGAUUCACAGGGACAGUAUCAUGAGGUCAAUGGGGAGGCGGUGAUUGGACUAUACCCUGUGAUGAAGCCAGGGGCUAAGUUCUCAUACUGUAGCUGGACACCACUCGAUAGUGAUGGCGGUUUCAUGGAGGGUCACUUUACCUUUGUUAAUCUUAAAACCGGUGAGAACUUUGAUGUGAUAUGUCCUCGCUUCAACUUCAAGUGCCCUGAGAUCAUCCUGUCCAGUGGUGACAUCGACGAUGAGCUGUUUGAAUCAGAAGACGAUGUCGAUGAUGAAGAUGAUGACGAAUAUUGAAGCUUCCUAUGGAAUGAUGGAAUUGGUGAUGAUGAUGAUGCCAUAUUGAAAUCUAUCAGAAUUUUGAUUAGACUAAAUGGCUGAUGUUGUUCAUGAUGAUAAUGAUGAUGCUAUUAUAAAAUCAUAUCGGAACUUGGAUUGCUGAACAGUUGAUUCAAUGAGGUGAUUUUCUAAUGCUUACGAUUAUGUCUUGUUUAUGUUUAUUCAGUUAGGUUUUAAACUUUGUAGAUUGCUUCAAUACAUGGUCAGUUUGGAAUAAUCCCUGAGAUCACAGGGCUAUUAAUAUUACACUGGAUUGAAAAUUCUAUACAUAUAUGUUUGUUCACUAAGUGCAAUACAGUACUGUUUGUAUUAAAAUUGUCAGAUGCACAAUGUUAUUUUGUAUUAUCAGUUAAUUGUAAAUAGUCACCGAGACAUUAUGUGAAUAAGUGUUCAUUGGGAUUAGUUUUAUAAUAUGUAAAAAUAUUUUUCUUGUAAAAAUCAGUAUUUUUUUACUCUUAACUGAGAAAUGAUCGUGAAGUGAUUAUGAAGAGAUCAUGUACAUGCUCAAAGGAAUUGUAUAUGUAUGUAUGGAAGAUUUAACAUGCCAUGUACUUUAAUGAGACGGCGAGAUAUUUUUAUUUUGUCAAGCUAAUAUUAGCCUUUUCAAGUUUACUUUUUAUCUUGACAUGGUGAUGUAAGGUUUUUUGUCAAAUUGACUUCUAAAAACUUCUGUCAUCUGUGCUAUAUUUCUAGCAGAUCAACAUCUAUGAGUAAAAUGAUACUUGUUGUCAUGGCGACAUAAGGUAUUUUGCAGUAUCAUUGUGUAAACUUAUAGUCACUACGGUAAAUGGUUGGAACCUCUAAACUUCAUUAAUCAUAACGAUCUGUUUAUCUUUUAUUCUUCGUGAGUUUGUUUCCCUUGUUGAUUCAAGAUAAAUGAAUGUUUACAAUCCAAACUUCUUCACAAUAAGUCAAUAUUUAAGUAGUCUUGGACGUACGACAUUGAUUAAAUCAGAGAUAAAUAGUCUGUAACAAUCUUCGUUCUUAUCUCAAUUUCAGAGUUUCUGUUGUGACCUCGACUCUCUCAAUGAUGUAUAUUAUCAUCAAUAAUUGAGAAAAAAGUCAUUGUCAUUUCAACAGACAGUUUGACAUGCAGGACAUCAUCAGGAAGGCCUCAAUGUUUCUUCUGGUGAUCUUGAUGUUCUGGGGAGCGUUUCAUGAAAGGACUUGUCGGACGUUUUGUCCGACAAGUACUGUUUUAUCCGACAAUUACUAUGGUAACAGUGCCUCUCAGCCAAUCAUAAUCAAGGAAAGUUGUCAGACCUGACAACUUGUCGGACGAAAAUAUUGAUGAAACGCUCCCCUGGACAUGGACUUACAUUCGUAGUGCAAUCUGUCAUAAAUUUUAGUUAAAAACUUCAUAUUUCCAGUGUAGAGGUGCAUUACUUCCUCGUCAAUGUCCAUUAAAGAAACAUAGCUUGGUGCCCUUGGCAUACAGGUCUUGGUCCCUGCGCUUGUAUUUUUUAUUUUCUUCCAGAUCAAUCCUGGUUACAUCAUCUAUGAGGUAUAUACAUGUAUCCUCUUUUUUUGACAGCAACUUUGGCCUUCUUCAUCAUCUGUAUUUUUUCUUUGUGAAAGCGUGUUGUCACAGCUACAGGUAUAUGUCUUGGUCUAUCUCCUUGUUUCCCAGCAUGCGAAGCACUUUCCACUUUGAUUUUGAGUUUGAACUUGGAUGAAAGAAUAUCUUCCAGAGCUUUUGAACAAUCUUCUACGCCAUCCUUCACCUCAUUCAUCCCGACAACACAAAAGUUGUCUUUCUCAGCAAUAAUUUCUUUCAAGUACGCCUCCACAUCUUGGCUAGCAGUCCUCCUUGUCUUAUAUUUGGUUUGCUUUUUCUACCUUUUCAAGGCGCUUCUCUAACUACUAGUAUAUUUUUUCCCUUUCUAACGCGGUUAUUCAGUGACCUUCAAAUUCUAAGGUUUUUGGACCUCUUUGAUGCUGUCUAGCAUCUACCAUGUUUACACGCUGCCCCGGCUUGCGGGACAGACCCGCCUCGUGGAGCAGACUCGGCCUGCGAAUUAUUCUGCGUAGCGUUUACACGCCCCAGCUCGUGGGACGUGGGACAAAAACACUGAUUUUGUCUAGCAAUCACAAAUUGUUUUAUAAUAUAGAAAUGGUAGGCCUACACUAAAUACGAUCGCAAUUUACUCACGGAUAUAUCGUGUGUACAUUAUAGCUGACUACGUGCAUGAUGCUGCUCCAUGCAUUGCUCAUCGAGACACGCCACGCGCGCAGCUCACAUGUUGUGUGUAUUGUUCAUUCAGAGAAUAUUUAGGCCAUAACAUAUUGUAAUUAUAAUAAUUCUCGUUUUUUAUUGGUUUAAUAAUAAAGAGGCUGUAGACCCUCAAAUCGAUUGGUUCCGGAAUCCAAAGUCACGAAAGUCUUUGUUUCAGUCUCAACCUAAUAACUGCAUUGACAUGAUUGAGUCCAUUCAUGCAUUAUGCUUUUUUGACCUCAAUAGGUGUGAUUAACAUAUUAAUUUUAACUUCCUGUAACUUCUUAGUUAUUGAGGCAAUCAAUUAAACAUGCCGAUGGUCAUACUGUGACCCUUUAUAUACUGGUAAGUUUGUUUUAUCCCAUCUCAUUUUCAUUGGUAUUUCUUUUGCCAUUUUGUGACUUUGGAUUCUGGAACUUUGUUCUUAAACCAAUCUUUUAAUUAGUGACAUGUGCCUAUUGAAGUUAGCCUGUGUCAAAAUUCUGUUUAGAUCCAGAGUAGUGAAGUCCCUGGCAUGCAUAAGGGUAGGUCGUACAGGCGAGCGUUACUGCACCACUGGGGAGCGAUGGAGCGACAGCAAGCCACAGUUCUGGUAGCUCUGCACAAAGUCACAUGCUCAUUCAUACCGCUAGACUUGAGGUUCAGUUGUUUACAUUAAAAAUAUAUAUUACGUACAUAGUUCCACAUUGUAUGCUGUGUAUUAUCGUCUUCAUUAUAUUUUCCAGCCAGCCUGUGCAGUUUUUUUGGAAACUGACAGAAAACAAGGCCGGACUCCCACCCUAUAUUACCAUACUUUUAAGAAGUUCAUUGGGCACUACAUCUUAUGUCGCCAUGUCAACAAUUUUUUAGAAGUCAUGUCAUGAUAAUAAAUUAACCAUUUAGAAGUCAUCUUGACAAGCCACCU